CGCAUCUCGACUAACUAACUACAACACAAAUUUCAUUAUUUCCCAAUAAUAAAUAUAUUUAUUAAAUUCUCGAAUCGUCGUCGAAUCGUCAUGUCCAACCCACCAGUUCGCCGUGUAACAACACUGAAAGGCAUUUUAUCAAUGCCGCGAGUCGUUCGGGGUCGAAAUUUUUUGAAGGAAAAUAAAUUGAGCUUGCGCCAGCUUGAGAAAUCAACAACUGAGAAGCUAGAUGCCAAGAAGCCAGUGCGUCCUAAAUGGAUGCCAAAUAUGCGCCGCGAGGGCUCUGAGAUGUUGGAUUCGAAAUCAGACAGACCUUCACCGGUAUCGGAGAACAAACAGAACAAGACCCAGGACAAAACCAUCCUGGCACGUAACCGUAAAAGCUUGCGUUCGUAUCAACAAUCGGGUCUGGCCGGUUCAGAGUCUGACGAGCGUUUCGGCGGUUUGGAAGAGCCCCACACUGCCUUUGAUGAUCUGUCGGAGAAAACUGAGAAAGAUUUUGUUCACUCGACGGACUCAGAGUACUGCAGUUCUUGUGGCACACAACGCAGCGCCACGAGCAUUGGCACACAGACGGAGGACAUCAAGGAUGAACUCUAUCUUACAAAUGCCCUUAAAAAAUGCAGUUUUGAUGGUGGAUCCACGCUGUCCAAUCAGUACAACGAUAAUGAUGAAGACGAGGAGCUGCUCUCGCCUCGCAAAAAUAUGAAUGACUGGAACAAAAUGCCAAUGCCCGAUUAUGAUCUAAACACUGAAGUUGCUUCGGAUGAGGAGGCUCCUCUCAGUGCCCGCAGCCGCUAUACAGUGGCCACAAUGGCGUCAACUGCCACGAGCACCACUUCGAUAGGUUCCAAGCGCCGCGAGCACAAGCUUGGCUCACGUGACCAGUUGCGUCUUCCGCGUUACUUGGAGAAGAUGAAGCGUGAAAGCGCCGCCGCUUUGGCCAAACAGCUUGCCGAUACACCAGAUCCAGACUGUCCACGCGGUCACAGUCUGCUCACGGAGCAGGAACGUCUAGGCCGCUUGAAUAGCGCCCAGAGCCGCUAUGACGAUCUCAUUCGUGAGGUAAAUCACAUGCCCUUCACCUCACAGAGUCUGUGGGUGCGCAGUCGAAAGGACGAAAUAAACAAAGAGCUGGACUUAGUCGAUAGGGAGAUCCGUUUAUACUCAAAGCCCAAGGUCUACAUCGACUCCAGCAAAUCCUAUUUUAAGUAAAUCCCGAUAGCUGUGCUCGAAGAAAAAUUACCCCUGUUCAUUAACUUAUUGGUAUUCAGUU